UGCUGAUGAGGACGUUAUUAUCCGGCCGUACUCUGAACACUGCAGCAGUGUUAACAUGGAGCUGUGGCUCACUGUGGUCUAUGGAUACAAAGGACCUCUCCUGCUUCUCGGAUGUUUCCUGGCCCUGAACAUCUGGACCGCGGAGGUCAGCGAGCUGGCGGGCAGCGGCAAACACCUGGCGCUGAGCACGUUUGCCCUGACGGCGUUCAGCGUGUCGGGAGUGUCUGGAUCGCUGCUGACGUCCCACGAUCCUCCCGUUCAGUUCUGUGUGAGCAGCAUCCUCAUCCUCUGCUGCAACGUCUUCCUCCUGAGUGGGUGGUUCGCACCGAAGAUUGUGUUUGUGUGCUGGAGCGGCGGCGGCAGCCUGCAGCAGGCGUCCGGGCUGCAGGGUGAUGCUGCACAGGAAGAUGAAGACCAGCUGAGCAGGUUAAAUCAGCAGCUCAAGAGUGAAAGUGCACAGCUGGAUGUGGAAAUAGAAAUCUUCAGAAUGGAGCUUUCUGAGACAUCAGCGAUGUUUCAGCAUCUGAUGAGAGACCAACACGCAGCUGGAAUUGGAUCAGUGACUCAUGAAGCUCAGAUCUGUACGGAAAACAGAAACAGCGAGAGCGAAGCCUCAACCCUGAAAGACAUCAACUCACCCGAACACAUGCGUCGCCGUCUGUCUGUCCAGCUGCCCAUCCUCCAUCAUUCCUACCUGCCCAUGAUCGGUGGCGUCAGCUCCAGCAGCUCCAGCCUGUUCAGCAGCCAGGAAGUCUUUGUCGAUCAGCACAAUAACUCCCUGUACACCUGAUGGCAGGAAGCUGCAACUUUGACCUCCUUGGGAAAGAUAUAUGGGACUUAAUGCUGUUGCAUACACAAAUAAGCCAGAACAUUAAAAUCACCUGCCAGUAUUUUCUGCUCUGCUUUUGAGGUGUGUUGGGGAGGCUGCUGCCAUCUGGGAGUGCCACGCCCACUGCAGUGUAAACCCAAACCCUCAAAGUUCUUAAGUAAUAGUAGUUUAAAUACAAAUGCUAAGAUUCAAAUAAAUGGUGUUGAUAUUGAAA